UCAGAAUGUCUACUACAAGAUAGUCAUGUCAACAUAAAACUUAACAAUCAUAUAUCCUGCUAGAAUGUAUUAUCUUAAAUUAUUACCUUCAUAAUUAUCUUCGUCUUUUCACCUUCAAUCUAAUAUAAAGUUAACCUCUCCAGCGUGUAUACUGAAGCUAAUAUCACCAAUGAUUUAAUUUAUCUCGUACGGAGCCUCGAGAUAAGCUUCAAUGACGAUCAUUAGUUCCUGGUUGAAAUCCUCAAACCUUUUUCUCUCACUAAUAUGAAAUGAACUGCAUACACUUAUCUUCCUCCCACCCUAAUCUACUUACGGGAUGACCUCCCCGUUUCCAAAGUCGUCAUCCCUCCCUGGAGAGGGCCGAAUAGUCAUCAAGCUAUCACCUAACAACGUCUCGACGAUUGAGAGUAUCACUUAUCAGUACCCGCUGAAACUUAUAUCUCCCGCGUCUACCACCGAAACGGGUACCGUGUUGGUGUUCCUCUUGUCAUAUGGUGGAGGACUCGUCGGCGGUGACCGAAUUAACCUCUCUAUUGACGUACACCCGGGGGCGAGACUCAGCAUCGUCACGCAAGGUCACACCAAGAUUUUUCGGUCCGUUGCGCCAGACAUCGUGACAAGACAGAAUUUGAACGUCGAGAUUAAAGACGGGGCUGCACUUUGUCUCUUACCAGAUCCUGUCCAGCCAUUCAAAAGCAGCAUAUACGAACAGACGCAGGUUUUCAAGCUAACUUCUGGCGCAUCUCUAUGCUUGCUAGACUGGGUUACCCAAGGUCGUAUGGCCCGGGGUGAAAACUGGAGUCUUAGUCGAUGGAUCGGACGCAACGAAGUUUGGUCCGCCUCCAAUACCGCAACAUCUAAGGACCGUCUUCUAGUCCGAGAUGCCAUCAUCUUAGACGGUGCAAAUAGGCCGAUUGGAUCCCCCACGCUUCAAGAGUCGAUGUAUGGACACGCCAUCGUGGGGACUUUGAUCCUCCGAGGUCCUAUGACCAAAUCUAUUAGUGAUUUCUUUCUAUCCGAGUUUUCUGCACUACCACGAUUAGGGGCUCGAGAUUUCCGUAGCGCUGAAGCACGUGAGAAAGACGAAGCAAUACCUCAAUCUCCCCUCGAACGUUGGCGAACUAUCAGGUUAGCGGAGGAGAAAGAUAAACAAAUACUGUGGUCAGCCGCCAACGUGCGCGGUUGCAUAGUAGUAAAAUUCGGUGCUGCAACCGUUGAAGCUGCACGGAAUUGGAUAGGGUCGAUGCUCCUUCAAGAGGGUAGCAUCGAGCAGCAGUUUGGUGAAGAAGCCUUGAUGUGCGUUCGAUGAUACCCCGUAUCAUUUAUCCAUUCAUCUUUUCAUGCUUUUUUGCAUUUGAUGUCGUCGCUAGCAGUUCGAGUUGCAUUCAAUCGCGAUUAUAUAGACAGAUAAGAUGACCUCUAACCUAAAUCGUUACCUCCUUUUAUACGCGUGA